AUGUCGUGGCUCAAGAAGUCGACCACGACCGUUGCCACCAAGAAGGCGGAGGAGGCCCCCGCGUCCCCUACGGCCGAGCCCCCCGCCGGAGAGACUCCCCCGGCCCUUCCGCCCAUGACCAGUGCGCCCAACGUGAACCGCCUGUCGAUGAGCAUGAGGCUGCCGCCCAUCACCGGCCCGCCCCAGCUGAAGAAGACGAGUGGACCCGGCUCGGGCAUCGGUGGCAGCGUCCCCGUGCCCGGCGGCGGCGUGCCUCCGCCCGCCAACGGAGGCGUUCCCCCCGCGGCCGCCAGCACCAAUGGUGGCCCCGCCCAGUCACCGACGUCGCCGCCGGCUACGAGGUCCCCGUUCUUUGCGAGGGCGGCGGCUGCGAGCAGCAAUGGCAGCAACGGCUCGACGAGCCCCAAGCACCCGGCGUUCGCCAAGGCCGCGCCCCCUCCCCCGGCCGAGCUCGACGAGUCCUCCGCUGGUCCCACCUCCCCGACCUCCACCCGCAGCGCCGAACCCGAGGCCGAAGGAUCGCCUUCGUUGGGCUCUUCGCUUUCGGGCACCCUCUCGGGCAGUGCCAAGAGCGUGCCGAGCCACCGCGACCGCAAGUCCUUCCACCCGGCCUUCGCGGCGGUGCCCCCUCCCAAGCCCGGUGGCUUCAAUAAGCCCGUGCCUCCGUCGCGCAGAAACAGGGACAGCAUACCGCAGGCACUGCAGGAGGAGCAGGUGAACCACAUCAUCGCCACCGGCAGCCCCGAUUCCGUGGGUCCCUCGCCCCUCUCCUCUUCAUCUUCCUACACGAGCUCGGGCGAGAUGAAGACCUCCACGUCGCCCUCCUCCCGCCCCUCAUCGCGCGCCCUCACCCCCGAUUGGGAAGAUGAGACCGACUACCCGUUCAACGAGGAGGACUCGGAGAAGAAUCUCAUCUUCACCCCCGAGACGGUGAACCAGCCGCGCCCGUCGGUCAAGGCCGGCAAGCUGGAAAAGCUCAUCGAGCGCCUCACUUACGAGAAGUACCCUGAUCCGGACUACGUGAACGCGUUCCUGCUCACGUACCGAUCGUUCACGACGCCGACCGAGUUCCUGGCGCUGCUGGUGACGCGCUACAACGUGCCGGCGCCCAAGGGGGCCGACGAGAAGGAGGUGGACGCGUGGGUCAAGAACAAGCAGAGCCCGAUCCAGCUGCGCGUGUUCAACGUGCUCAAGGCCUGGGUGCAGACCCACUUCUACGACUUCGGGUCGGACACGUCGCUGACCAACACGCUGCUCGAGUUCAUCAACACGUCGAUGAUGGGCACGGGCAACAUGGCGAUGGAGAAGGCCGGCGAGCAGCUCAAGCGCCUCGUGGCGAAGAAGAUGGAGGGCAACGAGACCGAGAGCGAGGUGCAGUUCAGCUCGGCGCCGCCCAAGCCCAUCGUGCCGCUCGACACGUCGUCCAUUGAGCUGGCCGACAUCGACCCCGUCGAGAUCGCCCGGCAGCUCACCCUCAUCGAGUACGCGCUCUACAAGUCCAUCAAGCCCUGGGAGUGCCUGGGCCAGGCCUGGACCAAGAAGGCCACCCGCGACGAGAAGGCGCCCAACAUCAUGGCCAUGAUCCAGCGCUUCAACUCCGUCUCCCGCUGGGUCACCACCGAGAUCCUCAAGGUCGACAACAUCAAGAAGCGCGCCGCCACCCUCGAGCGCUUCAUCCAGAUCGCGAUGGGCUGCGAGAAGCUGAACAACUACAACGCGAUGAUGGAGAUCAUCUCGGGUCUGCAGUGCUCGGCCAUCUUCCGUCUCAAGCACACCUGGGCC